AUGCCGGAUCCUGCCCAGUACCGUCAGGGAGAAUCCUCCUCAGCUCUGCCUUUGCUGAAGAUCCGACAACCUCUCCCAGCUCAGAGAAGGAAAAAGAGGGCGUGGGUCAUGCCGCCAAUCAACAUAGCAGAGAAUGGCAGGGGCCCCUUCCCCAACCAAAUGUUCAAGAUACGCUCCAGUUACAAUGACGAUGUGAAGAUGUACUAUAAAAUCACUGGCCCGGGGGCAGACCUGCCUCCUAUUGGACGUUUCAUAAUCGAAAGGAACACCGGUUGGUUGUCUGUGACAGAACCUCUUGACAGAGAGCAACAAGCUCAGUAUAUUAUUGAAGCACAGGCAGAGGCUCGGGGAUUUGGUAUAGUAGAGAAUCCUAUGGAGAUCGUCAUCAACGUCCUGGACCAGAAUGAUAAUAAACCAGAGUUUACCCAGAAUCCCUUUCUGGGGCAUGUGACUGAGGACGCUCAGAUAGGGUCUGAGUUUAUGAAGGUUAAUGCCACGGACAAAGACCAGCCUGGCCAGAUCAGCUCUGAACUCCGCUACAGCAUCCACAGCCAGGAUCCUCCCACACCCAGUGACCUGUUCUUCAUCAACCCUUUCACUGGAGGCAUCCAGGUGGCUGCCGCUGGAUUGGACAGAGAGAGGCAGCAGCAGUACAAGCUGGUGGUAGAGGCAGCAGACAACGCAGGGGCAGGUCUGACGAGCACCAGCCAGGUUCUGAUCGCCGUGGAAGACAGCAAUGACAACGCACCAAAGUUUACCCAGAACACUUACACUGGGUCCAUCUCAGAGAACCAGAUGGGGGUGGUAGUGGUCAAGAUGGAGGUAAGGGAUGAGGACCAGAUCCACACCCCAUGCUGGAGGAGUAGAUUCAGAAUCAUACAAGGGGACAGUGACCACCUUUUCAGCAUCUCCACAGGGCCCAGUGGGGACCAGGGAAUCCUCGCCACAGCAAAGGAGCUGGACUAUGAGGCUUGUCCUCUGUACACUCUGCUGGUGGUGGUGGAGAACGAGGUGGUGUUCUCCAGGCCUGUGUCCACCUCCACAGCUACGGUCACGGUGAGGGUGGAGGACAGGAACGAGGCCCCGGUCUUCAGGCCUUCAGAGAUGGUCGUCUCUGUGUCUGAGGACCUGCCACUGGACAGUGACCUGGUGCUCUACACAGCCUCAGACCCAGACCUCGACAUGAAUCAAACCGUCACGUAUCAGUUGGAGAGUGACCAUGCUGGCUGGUUGAGUCUCAAUGACAGCACAGGACUGCUGGUGGUCAGAAGUUCCCUGGACAGAGAAUCUCCGUUUAUCAUUGAUGGCAAAUACACUGUCCUCAUCCUGGCCAUUGACAAUGCGGAGGCCCCAGCCACUGGCACAGGGACUCUGGUGAUUGAAGUGGAGGAUGUGAACGACAACGUCCCAACGGUCGACCAGAGACACGUGGUGUUCUGCAGCAGCCAGUCACAGCCCCUAGAGCUCCCUAUCAGAGACCCAGAUGGACCAGGCUUCUCCCAGCCCUUCACAGCUCAGCUGCUGGGAGACUCCCUGAAACACUGGGACAUCCACAUGAAUGACUCCAAGACAGCCAUCCUCCUGAGUGUGCGGACUGGACUGAGGAUGGGGGAGCAUGAGGUGAACCUACGUGUUAGUGACAGUGCUGGUCUCUAUCAGGACAUCUCGCUGCAAGCUCAGGUUUGUGAUUGCACAGGAAGUGAUCUCAUUUGCUUUGAGAAGUCGGUCGAAUUCGGCAUGAGUGAGGCCAUGUGGAUCUUGGGAGGUGUCUUGGCUUUGCUUUUGUUGCUGUUGUUGCUGUUGCUUUUCCUGAGGAAGAGUGGUUCAGGGGAGAAAGCAGUCUUGCUGCAGGAGGAGGACAACCCUGUCAGGGGCAACAUUUACUGCUACGAUGAGGAGGGGGGAGGGGAGGAGGACCAGCAAUAUGACCACAGACUGCUCCACGGUGGUUUUUCUAACCGGCCCUUGUUGAUCACUGUGGUCCCGCCCCUCUCUUGUGCUCCCACCUACCGGCCCAGACCUGCCGACCAGCAUGACAUCGGAGAGUUCAUUGAUGAUAACCUACGUGCCACAGACGGGGACCCCACGGUCCUGCCCUACGACUGUCUCCUGGUGUUUAACUACGAGGGAGGGGGCGCGGCCUCGGAGGAGGGCUCCCUCAGCUCUCUCAACUCCUGCAGCUCAGAGGAGGAGCAGGACUACCAGAGGCUGGCCCACUGGGGGCCACCCUUCAGCAGGCUGGCCCUCAUGUAUAACGGGGAGGGCCUGGAGGACCAGGACUGA